AUGGGCGACGCCGCUGCAUCACCCACGUCCUCGUCUCCGCAGCCACCGGUCCGCUCCGGCCUGCCCAGCGCCCACCCGACCGCGUCCUUCUGGCAGACGUCCUUCCCGAACCGUCUGGCUGGCCACCGCUCCACGCCGGAGCUGCCCUCCCGCGCGGACGUGGUCGUCGUCGGCACGGGGAUCAGCGGCACCUUUGCGGUCGACGAGUUGUUGAACAGCAACGGCAGCACGGCUACGUCUUCCAGGGCGCGCAGAGGGACAGAGGCAGAAACAGCUGCCAUAGAAACAGGCCUCGGUCUCGAUGUCCUGGUCCUCGAAGCCCGCACGCUCUGUUCGGCCGCGACGGGGAGGAACGGCGGACACUUGCAGCCCGUCAUCCACAAUGCGCCGGCGCACAUAAUCGAUUUCGAGCUACGCAAUUUCCGCCACAUCGAGGCCUUGGUGCGGAGUAGAGACAAAGCAAGCGACGACGGCAGCAGCAAUAGUAAUACUUGCGACAAUGAUACUACGACGACGAAGACGUCGUCAUCGUCGUCGCCGUCGCCUUCUUGGUGUGACUUUCGCAGGCUCGAGGGGUGUCUUGGGUUCUGGAACAAGGAGUAUUUCAGGGACGCGAAGCGGGGCCUCGCUGCUGCUGCUGCCGUCGCCGCCGCGGCGAAUGUGGACAAGAAUAAGAACGGCAUUCCCCCAGAGGACUACGCCGGAUUAGCCAGGGUGGUUGAGGAUGCCGAGGAGUUGGGGGCGCUGGGAUUGAGGGUGGAGAGCGGCGCAGUGGGCGCAAUCGUCCAGAGCGUGGCGGCUAGUUUGAGUCCUUACAAGCUCUGCGUGGGUGUGUGGAGGGGUUUGCUUGAGCGGUUCGAGCAAAAGGUUGUUCCAGGCAGUCACGAGAAGGAGAGAGCGGUGCCAAAACAACGCAAGUCAAGUCUGAAUUUACAGACGAAUACACCUGUCACGGCGCUGGAGAGAUGCCACAACGACAACGACAGCGGCGGUUGUUGGAUACUGCAUACACCUCGCGGAUCUGUGCGAGCGCGCGCCGUCAUCCUCGCCACAAACGCUUACACCUCCCAUUUGCUCCCGGAGUUCGCGCGCCUGAUCCGUCCCGUGCAGGCCCAGAUGUCUGCUCUUGUCCCCCCGCCCACGUCGAAGCAUGGCAACGGCAGCGGGGGCGGAGGUAGGAGCGGGAUGACGACGAACACGCGUAAAGCGAGGAAGUUGAUCCCGAUGAGUUACGGGUUCAUGGGCGUCGGCGACAUGGACAGGGUCAUGAGCGAUUACCUCGUGCAGAAUCCGUACGCUAUCCACCACCAUCACCAUGGUUGCAAUCACCAAGAAAACGCAGCCGAGCAAGCAGGCACGGGAAAGGACGACGAAGGCGUCUCCAGCGAGGGUGAUGGCGCAGGAGGCCACCUCAUGUUCGGCGGCGGCCGGCAUCUCGCUCCCAACCACGGCGAGGGCGUGUGGGACGACGACUUUGUCGACGACCGCGUUGAGAUGUACCUGCGCGGUCUGCCCCAAAGGCUGAAGCUGAGCUUGGACCCUGACCUGAACCUCCACCUUCGCUCUGAACCUGACUCUCACCCUGACCUACACCUUGAACCCGGAACCGAGGACGAAGCACACCUCGCCAUCGCAGCCUCCUGGACGGGCAUCAUAGGCCACUCCUCCGACGGGCAUCCGUGGGUGGGUGCCGUGCCAGACCACGCAAACCGCGGCGGCGCGUUCGUCGUGGCCGGGUACACGGGCCACGGGAUGACGAACGCGCCAUUGUGCGGGCGCGGCGUCGCCAGGAUGGCGCUGAGGUAUUUGUUACGAGCAGACGUGGAUGGGAAGGCGGAUAGCGGUACGGAUGGGGACGGGGAUGAGAACGGGGACGGCGAUGUCGAUGUGCCGAAGGAGUACCUUAUAACACGAGAGCGGAUGGACCGUGUUGCCAUUGUCGUGUGA